AUGAUGCGACCCAAAGACCUGCGGCAGGGCUCCGGCACCAAGACCUUCCUGGACGCCAUGCACGGCGGCAAGGUGCACCUGGCGCGCUUCAUCCUGGACGCGCUGGACGGACGCAUCAUCAACUCCAAGACGGAGAGCGGCCGGACCCCGCUCAUGUUCGCCGUGCGGCUGCAGGAGCCCGGGGCCCGCGCCAAGUUCGCCCGGCUGCUGCUGGAGAAGGGCGCCGAGGUCAACCUCCAGGACGAGGACGGCCGCACCGGGCUGAGCCACGCCUGCGAGCUGGGCCACCUGGAGGCCGUGAAGCUGCUGGUGCAGUUCAACGCCGACCCCGACGUGGCGGACGCCUGGGGCAACAACGCCCUGAUGUACGCCGCCUUCUCGGGCCACGCCGCCGUGCUGGAGUUCCUGGUGCGGGCCUUCAAGAGGCUGGGCUUCAAGCUGGACCGCACCAACUGCGCCGGCCACUCGGCCCUGCAGGUGGCCGGCUUCUUCGGCCACAACCAGUGCGUCCAGAUCCUCAGCUUCCCCUGCAGGAGCCGGGCCGCCGGGGCCGAGGACCCCCCCGCCGACACCGGGUGUUCCUCCGUGUCGCCCGGGGAGGGACACCCGCCCAGCCGGCUCCCCCGCCACAUCCUGGAGCGCUUCUCCAAGCAGCUCGGCAACACUGAGCAGCAGCGUCAGCUCCCGGGGGUGUUCCACCGACAGCUGAGGGCGGCGGACGCCAUGGGCCUGUGGAACCGCUUCAGCUGCCCCGCCGGCCAGCCGCCGGAGGACAGCCACCAGCGCCUCCAGCACCCCGCUCCCCCUCAGCCCGAUAACAGCGUGCUGUCAACUGCCAAGCAGCUCCACAACUGCCAGCUGAGAGACCUGAGAGGCGCAACAACAGUGAACUCCGCGCCAACUCCGAGCCAGACGGAUGUCAAGCGCGGCCCCCUGCGAGGGACCCUGGAGGCCUUCCCCCUCUGGGGCAAGGCAAAGUCGUUUAACUCGGACCUCCUGAGCGGCAGGAAGCAGUCCUACCAGGGAGAGGUGCGGGACGGCAGCUUGUCUGCCAGCAGGCUGAAGAGGGCCUCGCUGCAGGACGAGCGAUCCCUCCUGGACAAGACGGAGUGUCAGGGCCACCGCCGCAGUCUGGCGGCCGACGGCGACAAAACCAACACGCUGGUGAAAGCACAGCUGAGCGGGAAGACCCCCGCUGAUCAGCUGACCGGCGGGUCACUGAAGGAGCGGGCCUGCGACCAGCUGGCUUCCUGCCCGGGCUGGAGGGGGGAACAGCAGCUCAAGAGGGGAAGCAUCCCCGCCAUCGGCAGCAGGAACAAGCUGCUCUUCAUCAGAGGGGAGACGGGGGACCCCCGGAAGGCGUCGGAGCACGGGCACGCGGCGGGCCUGACGGGGCUCGGGACCAGGCUGCUGAGACGGUUCACCGCCCCGGACUUCAUGAGGAUGGUGAUAGACUGCUCCUCGGCCAACUCCUCCUCCGCCUCCUCCACGCACAGCCGGGGCCGGAUAUCCCGCUCGGAGACGUUCCCGCUGUCGCACCAGCAGGUGAACAGCCAGCCCAGCGUGGACAGUAUCAGCGGGGUGCGGUGCGAGUUUGACAGCAGCUCCUGCUCCCAGGCCACGCUGGGCUAG